UGUCUCUCUUCAGUACUCAUAAACUCCUAACCCUUCUUCCUUUAAAGAAGUUGCUAUCAAGAUUUCAAUCUCUUCCAUGGCCAUCCCAAAUGUCUCAUUCUCCUCCCCUUCUUCUUCCCAUCAAUGGAAUUAUGAUGUGUUCCUCAGUUUUAGAGGGGAAGAUACCCGCAAAACCUUUACCAGCCAUCUAUAUCAGGCUCUCUUUGAGAAGGGGAUCAUAACCUUCCGAGAUGACAUGUAUCUUCAGAAGGGAGAUGAAAUUUCCCCAGCGCUUUUGGAAGCCAUCAAACAAUCUAAGAUUUCCAUCAUCGUCUUCUCUAAGAACUAUGCCACUUCCACUUGGUGCUUAGAUGAACUUGUCAAGAUUCUCGAGUGCCAGAAAUCAUUUGGCCAAAUGGUUCGACCUAUUUUCUACGAUGUGGAUCAUUCAAAUGUGCGGAAACAGUUUGGAGAAGUGAUGGAUAUGCAUGAAAAGAAAUUCAAGGAAGAUAUGCAGAGGGUAGAUGGAAGGUGGCUCUCAAAGAGGCAGCCAAUUUGUCCCGUUGGCAUUUGAGCAAUGGGUACGCUUUCAGUUUUGAUUAAUGCAAGCAUUAAUAUCAAAUAAUUAUGAUAAAGGACUCAAAUACUUGAGUUGUAACAUAAAACCGAUGUGCUAUAAGCAUUUAUCAUCUGACAGCUUUGGGGUUGACGAAGGAUAUAAGCAAGAAAUGUUGGCACAAUUUUGAGACAAGAGAUUGAGAGCUGCUUUACCCUGCCAUUCCAAACUUGUUUGUAGCCCAUUUAUUGCGAUAGCAGAAAAUAAGUGAAUUGCUUCAAAUCAUUACGAGAGGUUUUCUAGACCAUUGGCAAUGAUAUUUGAACGAAUUUGAGAAGGAAGCUCUUUAUUUUUCUAUUUUGUCUGCAUUUGAGUUUUUUUUUCAAGGAUCACACUCAGACACUCU